AUGAAUAAUCAACAACUGAUGCUUGCUUUGGAAAUGCUAGAACUAGACAUUGACAUUUCACAAAAUGCCAGGGCAAUGAUUCAGGCCAUCCAAGACCAGAGACGUGAUCGAAGGCAGCGGGGAUGGUGGACGAGAGAUUGGCUUCUCCGAAGACCUAUCCAUGGCCAAAUUCUUAUGUUUCAAGAACUGUUACACAUGGUUACUCCAAAGAUUAGGAAGCGCAACACUUGGUACAGGAAAUGUAUUGACCCUGGUUUGAGACUAGCAAUUACUCUGAGGUACCUAGCUACGGGGGACAGCUACCACACACUGAUUUAUGGUUUCAGAGUUGCCCACAAUACAAUCUGUGGUAUAGUAAGAGAGGUAUGCGAGGCCAUAGUGUCUGUUUAUUCAGAAGACGUUCUCUUGACACCCACGGAACCUGAACAGUGGAAAGCUAUAGCAGAACAGUUUGAGGCUAAGUGGCAGUUCCCCCACACACUAGGUGCUCUCGACGGAAAACAUGUACCCAUUAGGUGUCAAAAAAAUGGAGGAUCGUUGUAUUAUAACUAUAAAGGUUACCACUUUAUUGUACUGAUGGCUCUAGUUGACGCUAAUUACAAGUUCCGAUGGGUUAAUAUUGGCGCUCAAGGUGGAUUUUCGGACGCCCAGAUUUGGAACCAGAGUGAUCUUAAACAAGCGAUUAAAAGAGGAUUAAUGGGACUGCCAACAGCGACCCCUUUUCCCGGUGAUGAUAAACCCAUUGGCUACUAUAUUAUCGCAGACGAUGCUUUUGGUAUGAGGACCUGGCUUAUGAAACCUUUCUCUAGACGAGGUCUUUCUUAUGACGAGAGGAUUUUCAACUAUCGGUUAUCUAGAAGUAGAAGAGUUGUUGAACAUGCGUUUGGUAUUCUUGCAAAUCGAUUCAGAUGUUUACUAUCAGUCAUGAAUCAGGAGCCCAAAACUGUGCACGUCAUAGUUUCAGACUGCGUGUGCCUUCAUAACACCAUGAGAAUGAGAUACAAUUUUAGGUAG